UGUCCACUCGUUUUUAUAUUUAUUUUCUCUUAAAAAAAAAAAAAAAAGUUUCUCUCCUUCCCCGAAAUGUCCAGAACACGGAGAGAAUAAUCCUAUUUUUCUUUCAGAUUUUGAUUCUACAUUGAUUUUUCCGGUCCUUUCUAUGGAAAAAUCAGUGAGUUUUAAAAAUUUCUUGUAUAUUGGAUUCUAAUUCUUGAAAAAGAAAAAAAGAAAAGAAAAGCUUGAAAGAGUGUUGGAGCUAUCUAGUUGCAUUUUCGUGGGAAGAGAUCUGGGAUUUACUUUCUUCAUUCAUAAGAGGUUUAGGGAGAUUCUUGAUUUUCUUGCAGCAAAUGGUGAACUUAGUUUUCUUGAAUUCCAAGAAUCUAAGAUUUAUGAAGAGAAAAUAAAGUAAGAAGACAGGAGAAGAAACUACGCGUGGCUAUUGGGGGUUUUUGACUCGUGUAAUGCUGGGUAGGAGCUUUGUAAAACAAGGUCUAAAAGACCUUUCUCUUAAUUGGGCAUCUUUUGGUUUCUAAUUCAGAUCGUCAAGAAUCACGGUUCCUAGAGAUCUGAAGCUCUUUUGUCUUAAAAAGUGUCAUAAAUUUUUGUAACCGAUAAUAAUAAUAAUAAUAAUAAUAAACAAAAUAAAACAGGACAGAUGAUGAGAAUGAAUACUAAACCGACAGGGCUGUCGCAUAUGAAUGGCGGCUCAACUGCUGGUGUCGGCGUCGGCGUCGGCGGCGGCCGUGGAGGUGAGUCUGGGUCAGAAUGGGAGCUUAGACCAGGGGGAAUGUUAGUACAGAAGAGAACCCCAGACUCCGAUCGGAGCUCUAUCUCUCCACCGACAAUAAGAGUUAGGGUUAAGUACGGGUCAACUUACCACGAAUUGAGUAUCAGCUCUCAAGCUACAUUUGGGGAGUUGAAGAAAAUGUUGACAGGGCCGACCGGACUGAAUCAUGAAGACCAAAAGCUGAUAUUUAAAGAUAAAGAGAGGGAUUCAAAAGCAUUUCUUGAUAUUUCUGGAGUGAAAGACAAGUCCAAGAUUGUGCUUGUUGAAGACCCAAUUAGCCAGGAAAAACGUUUUCUUCAGAUGAGAAAGAACGCCAAGAUGGAGAAAGCUUCAAAAUCUAUCUCAGAAAUCAGCCUCGAAGUUGAUAGGCUAGCUGGCCAGGUGUCGGCUCUCGAAUCUAUUAUUACAAAAGGAGGGAAAGUAGCAGAGAAAACUGUUCUUAAUUUGAUUGAGUUAUUGAUGAAUCAAUUGCUGAAACUGGAUGGAAUCAUGGCAGAUGGGGAUGUGAAACUACAAAGGAAAAUGCAGGUGAGAAGAGUACAAAAGUAUGUAGAGACUUUGGAUAUGUUGAAGUUGAAGAACUCGAUGCCUAAUGGCAAUGGGAAUCACAUACCAACGCGACAACAAGAUUUAAAGCAUUCAAAUGGACAGAGACUAGCCCCGAUUCAAGAACAGCAAGCAAGGCGCUCCAAUGGGCAAAGUCUAAUACCAAUAGAUGAAGAGGAGCAACCAAGGCACUCCCCCAUUCAGCAGCAGUCAUCGAGGCAUUCAGCAACAGGUGCAGUUGUGGUUACCACGCAAUGGGAAACCUUUGAUUCUACUCCAGCAUUACUGCCGGUACCAUCAUCAUCGGCAUCCAAUCCAGCGACAAAUAAAAAUAAUAACAAUUCAGUCCAUCAACCCAAAUUCCCAUGGGAUUUCUUCGACUGAGCUCAAUGCCAAGUAGUAGUUGGUUCUUUUUUUUUUUUUCUUUUUUUUUUUCUCUUCUUUCAAAUGUGUGUGGAUGUGCUUUUGGUUUGUCUGCAGUUGGUUUGUUUUCAGUAUCAUCUCGAUUCUUUGAUGUAUUUAGAUUUGUUAGGACCCCUGCCUUUAACCUCCCAUUCGGUUCAACAAAUAAAUUGGGGGGGCUGCUACACUCGUCCAUUAUUGUUAUUUUGCUAUUAACUUGUUCUCUCUUUGUACUUUCUGUUGUCCACAAAAAACAAAAAGAAAAAAGAAAAUAUCAUUUGGUAUUUGUAUGCUCUGGUUUCUGAUAGGGAUACAAACAUUAUAAAAAUAUUUGUAGAAUUUUUCAUUA